AUGCAAUCCCUGCUCUCUCCCGGUGUUCUACCAUCCAUGGGCGAUGAAGUCCUAAGGCAGUUUGUGCUGGAUUCUGAUGAGGAGAUCGAAGAUUCUCCGAGUUCCAAGAGGGACAGUAGAACCAAUAUUGAGAUGACAGUCUUUGGAGACGAUGAUAUCAUCGAGAUGAGGGUCGGGCCAAGGCAUUUUACCAACGGCAACAGGCGAGCCGUAGCCAUCAAGCGAGAAGCGCUUGACAUGAAUCAUCCCAACGGAUCACCAAGGUCUGUCGGCGAACGGUCAUCGGCACGUGGACCCACGCCCGCCAAUGCAUCAUUUACGUUCGGUGGUGACCACGGCCGAACGGGUGUGCAGACUACGGAAUCUUUGCGAACCACUUCUGGCGCCAAAUCAUCCCUUCACACCCAUCAACGCGCAACAUUCACUGCUAUACCAAGCACUACAGCCCCUCCAACUCAUGGGAGCUGCAAAAGCAAAAGCCAAGCUAAGCGACCUGUACCUUCACCCGCCACCGCACCCGAUGCCACGGGACAAUACGAAUCCUCAACCUGCCAUCAAUGCCGUACCAAGACUACUCGACCAAAGAUGAUCUGCGAUCAAUCCUUGAAUCCCAAUUGCCUCGUUCGAAUUUGUCGCCCGUGUCUGAUGGAUCGAAAGGCUUACGACGAGAUGCCUAAGCUUCGAGGGCCGCUCUUCAAAUUCGUCCCUGGCGGCAAAAUCCUCUGCAUGAAGUGCAGGAAUAUCUGUCCUUGCGCUUCCUGUCGGAGGGCCCGAGGCGAGAGAGGGGUGAUGGGUAAUGGGUUGAAUGGGUUUUACGACUUAAUGCGCGACGAGCCAAAGACCGAAGCACCGCUAAGGAAAACGAAAAGGAAAGAAAGAGAACAAGCGAAACCUAAGCAGUCACCCGGCCACCCAAUCGUCGACAAGUGCAAGAAUGAGCAAAAGGGAGCUGAAGUAGUUUGCUUGGAAGAAUCUUGGGAUGAACUUGUUGGCAAAUCUAAUCGAACGAUCAUAUCCGGUAAGAAUGGCAAGACUACAGGACAAUCACACGCUCGAUCCAAUCGCAUCGGAUCCAGAGCGUCUUGUGGGCUCAGAAAGUCGCCGGAUCCGGUCUGGAUAGCGGGAUGCUCGCGGAAGCGAAAGUUCUGUGCCAAGCAGUUCACCGAUGAGGAGAGUGAUUGUUGUAUCCCGGUCGAUGGGCCGACGAUCCCAGCACCGAAAAAGGAGAAGCCCGGGUUCCGCUCGAAGGAUCCCGAGGAUGUCCGCCAGGACCGGCUCGAAAGACAGCUGGAUUCCCAGAUCCGCGAGCUCGAACUCCGGAGGGCGCGCGAAGAACUCGAGCGGAACAAUGCAACCGCUGACGCUUUCACUAAGGCUAAGAUGAUCCAGCAGUUCUUGCGCUGUGGGUUGAACCUUGAAGACGCCUUGAGGGCUACUAACGAAUGUCUCUGCUUGCCCACUCAAUCUCCAGCUCGCCGUUGA